AGUCCCCUUAAUAGGGAAAAAGAAUACCAUUCUCUGUUGUUCGACUACUGGCUCUCAGUGACGUCAGGGUGCACGAUUGCGACGCCUGUGUCUGUGUCGAGCUGACGGGACGAAGGUGGAGCAGACAGUCAACAGUUCUGCGCGGAGUCAGGUCACGUGGUGUCCACCGUGGCGAAGCGCUGCUGACUCUACCGGACCGACCGUCUCUCCGCCCCCGUCCGGCACUCGCCGGUGAGUGAGGUGGAGCCUCGCACCGCGCAAUCCCACGCACUUCACUUGGAGCUGCCUGGACCAAGAAGAGGACGGAGAUGGCUGGAGCCCGGAGACUUGCCCAGGAGCUGAAGCACAUGAAAAACCAGGAGCCGCUCUUGUUGCACUCCAUCAAGGCGGACGAGACCAACCUGUUCACAUGGCAGGGCCUGAUUCUACCUACCCAGGCCCCAUACAACAUGGGAGCUUUCAAAGUGGAGCUCAACUUCCCAGCAGAGUACCCCUUCAAACCUCCAAAGGUCACCUUCAAGACCAAGAUCUACCACCCCAACAUCGACGAGAAGGGCCAAGUCUGCCUGCCCAUCAUUAGCCCGGAGCACUGGAAGCCCGCAACCAAAACAGACACCGUGCUCCAGUCUCUGCUGCAAAUGGUCAAUGAGCCACAAAUGGAGCACCCGCUGAGGCCCGAGCUGGCCGAGGAGUAUACUAAGGACCGGGCCAAGUUCCUCAAGCAUGCAGCAGAGCACACCAAGAAACACAGUGAGCCCAGACCAGAGUGACCGGCCCGCUAGACCUGUUGGCUCAGGCUCCUGAUGCAACUUGCUGAUUGGCCCGCGCCUCUCCAAGAACAUUCCCCCAUGAGGCGGACGGGUUCCUGCUCUAAUCGGAAAUCAUUCACUUUCCUUUCCAAGCUCUGGAGCAAAGCACGGAGAUCCUGAAUCCCUGUACCAUCUUAUCAGACGCCGUCGCCUCAACUUCCUUGUUGACUUGUUCUGUCUCAGCUUUCAAUCUUUGCUUCCUAGACUUUCAUUGAUCGUAAUGUUCAGAACCGGCCCAUAUGUGCUUGAUGCUGUUGUGAGAUGUUUAUUUCUGUGGUGUUUGAUUCUGUCAAUAAAGAGACAGGUGGCUCACAUAAGCCUAACCAUGAAAAAGGUCCAGAAGUG